AUGGCACGAAAAGAAAGCCAGAAAGUAAGGACUGGGUGUUUGACGUGCAAAUUUCGAAAGAUAAAAUGCGACGAAAGAAAGCCAGACUGUCUGAGGUGCGCUGCCAGUGGACGCCCAUGUGGCGGGUAUGCUGUGCCGAGGAACGAGCUCCGGCGGCACCAGCUCCAGCCUAUCCAAAUAUUUCCAGAUAGCAGAAUGCGAGCCGAGAACCGCGCAAUUCAGUUCUUCUCUGAGAUGGUCGGACCGAACUUAUCAAGGCCAACAGAACCAUACUUUUGGACGCAUCUUUCUUCCUUCUAA